UGAGGUUCUAUGCCAUUUCCCAAUCAAAUGUGACAGUCCCGUCAUUUGUCUAACAUUCACCACAAUGCAGGCUACCACGGUACUUAUUCUGGCGGGGGCUACGUCACCAUCUUGUCCAGGGACAACCUGGAUGUGUGUAGGGCACUUCUGGGUAACCUUAGUCAAUCGCAGUGGAUCGACUCUUACACACGGUGAAAGACAUUUGAAUUAGUUUUUGCUUUACUUGUGUGUGUGUGUGUGUAUUUUUCUAUUUAGCAAAAGAUUAAAUGUUAUGUUCUAAAUGGAAGAAUAAAUAAUUUUCAGUACCAGUAUUCAACUGAGUAAAUAAAAUAUGAGAAUUGUAUUUCAUGUUCCUAUUAUUGAUACUAUAAUAGCAAUGUAAGAAUUGAAUCAUUUGCAAUGAGCUAAACUUCACACAAACUUAUUUUCACAGAUGCAUCUUUGUCGAGUUCAACUUGUACAACCCGAGUUCUGGCCUCUUUGUACACGUCAUGCUCGCCUUCGAGUUUGACGUCAUGGGAGGGGUCUUUCCUUUGUAUCAUGUUUCAACGGGGCGAUUUUUCUUGGACAAUACCAGAAAAGAAUAUUGGCUGCAAAUAGUUGAGGUAGAUGUAUGCGCCUUAAAUCAUGACUAAUACGUACUUUUUAUCAGUAUGGAGAAAUUGAUCUCCUAUUUAAUUAAAUGGCUCGUUCUAAAACAGUACAUAACAAAAAACGAUACCAUAUGUUAAAUACAAUAACAAUGAACACGAUACUCAAACCAGGGCUGAUUACAAUUAAUAAUUUUUAUUAUGUUCAUUAAAAUGAUUGGCUUGUACCGGCAAUUGUCGAAGAAGAUACAAUGUUGUAAAAAUUUACAAUGAUAAAAAGAAAUCUACACACACAAACAGUAAACAAAGCACUCUAACAAAAUUAGCACACGUUCAAAAAUAUAUCUCGUCUCAUCUACCGUCUGGGCGCCUGAUCUCCUGUCAUUCGAUCUCUCGGCUUUAUAUAUAGUCUUUUUCUAUAGACUAUUCCAGAAGGUUACGUAUUGUACUCGCUUCCCGCUGCUUAUACAAUAUUCUACAAAAAUCGAAUCAUGAAACAGACCACAGAUUUUAGGUAUAGCCGAGGUCAAAUCGAGACUAUAGUUAGUAAGCCACACCAUAAUACUAGUGCAGCUGGUCUUAAGGUCAGCUUAAGUUCAUUCACCAGAAAAGAUGUAUGAAAUUAAAUGGGACGCCUAUAACAAUGAGCAACUACAUUUUUUUAAUGGAGCCUACUGAAAUAUAUACGAGGCUUUUAUAAGCACUCUUGCAUUGCAUCUAUUUUAUAUGUGUGUCGUGUGUCUAAAUAAAUUGUAACCUUGGCUAGCUUCACUCCCCACUUUUGCAAUUUUUUUAUAUUAACUUUGCUUGUGUGUGUGAGUUUAAGGCAACAUAUUCGGGCGGAUAAUCGACCAACUUUCUGUCAGUCUAUCAAUCUGAUACUUGGCACAUAAACGUGUUGCCGAUGAUAACAAAAAUAAGUUCAAAUUUUCAGCGCACCACCCCUUAACUCUAACUUUCGAAAAAUCCAGUUUUCUAAUCAGAUUCCAGUUUUCUAAUCAGAUUCCAGUUUUCUAAUCAGAAUCCAGUUGUCUAAUCAGAUUCCAGUUUUCUAAUCAGAUUCCAGUUUUCUAAUCAGAAUCCAGUUGUCUAAUCAGAUUCCAGUUUUCUAAUCAGAUUCCAGUUUUCUAAUCAGAUUCCAGUUUUCUAAUCAGAAUCCAGUUUUCUAAUCAGAUUCCAGUUUUCUAAUCAGAAUUCAGUUUUCUAAUCAGAAUCCAGUUUUCUAAUCAGAUUCCAGUUUUCUAAUCAGAUUCCAGUUUUCUAAUCAGAUUCCAGUUUUCUAAUCAGAUUCCAGUUUUCUAAUCAGAUUCCAGUUUUCUAAUCAGAUUCCAGUUUUCUAAUCAGAAUCCAGUUUUCUAAUCAGAUUCCUUUUUUAAAAUAAUGCAAGUGCAUUUGAUGCGUUAUAUUUUAUUUUGUUUUUUCUGACAUAGUUGUUGAAAUAUAUAUAUGUGGUUGGGACUUUAGAAUUAUAAUAGGUAUAUAUAAUUUAUACAUAUAUAUAUAUAAGAAUGUUCUAGGCUCUCCGUAACGACAAACGUUCGGAUUCUUAAAUAGGAUUAUUGUUAUUUUCUAUUAUUUUAUGAAAAUCAAUUAAUUUUAAAGGAGCAAAAUAUAUUAUGUAUAUGAUUUUAUUUUAGUAAAAGUUCAAGUAUUAAAUUAUAAAUUACAAAUACAUUUAAAGUAACAACUAAGGAACUAUCUUAAGCAUAUUAAUGCGUUUUAAAGUUAUGAAAUGAAAAUUAUAAAAAUUAUGAUCAAAGAAUUAUGAUGAAUAAUAGAAUGAUUAUUAAAUACAGUUUAGUUAUAAUACAUCCAUUUGUUAGAAAAAAACAUGAGACCAAAUCUUCCCACCUGUUUUUUCAUUCAUUUCAAAUAUGGCUGCCUUUGUAGUUCCCCCUUAUCUAUCUUUAUAUCUAUGGUUCAUCACUUGGCCACGAAAUAGUGUUUUUUCCCUCAGCUGCAAAUUAACUUCAAAUAUCACUGUGUUACAUAUUUGAAAAUUUUUCUUACAACUGUCAGAAAAUACAUUAGUUAACUCUCUGGGUUUAAACAAAAUGGAAUAAGUGUAUGUAUCAAUUAGUAAUGGCUCGUAUAGAUCAUUUAUUAUUGGGCUCGUAUAGUUCGAUUAGCAUUGGUCUCGUAUAGAGCAAUUAGUAUGGGCUCGAAUAGAUCAAUUAGUAUGGGCUCGUAUAGAUCAUUACUUAUGGGCUCGUAUAGAUCAAUUAGUAUUGGGCUCGUAUAGAUCAAUUAUUAUUGAGCUCGUAUAGAUCAAUUAGUAUUGGGCUUGUAUAGAUCAAUAAGUAUGGGCUCGUAUACAUCAAUUAGUAUUGGGCUCGUAUACAUCAAUUAGUAUGGGCUCGAAUAGAUAAAUUAUUAUUGAAUCCCUACUGAACCAUUUGUUAUUCUAUGAUCAGGGACUCACGGCCAUCUGUGUCGUCUUCUAUACGGUUGUCGAAAUAUACGAGCUGUACAUGGAUGGCUUCCACGUCUACUUUCAGAGCUUCUGGAACUGGCUUGAAGUAUAACUUAGUUUAGCGUGUAGCACUAUUGCUGGCAUUAUUGCAAUAUCAUUUACAAAAAGAAUAUUACGAACUGCCUUCUAUAGUCAGAAAUUAAUCUCUUAUUUUAAUUGUAUGGCUCGUUCUUAACAGUGCAUAGCAAAGAAAUAUACCAUAUGAGGAAUAUAACAACAAAAAUACGACACUCGAAACAGUACAAUUAAUAUUUAGUUAUCUAAAUGAUGACAAAGUAAAAGAAAUAUAUUUUUAAAAAUCAUCAGCUUACAGAGUAUGAUAGAUCUUGUACCGGUACACAGUUAAUACAAUGUGCCAAUUAAUAAGGUACAAUGAUAAAUGCUAAUAAACACACAUAUAUGUAAACACAAAAUAACACACUCUUGUCUCGCGAAGUCAAAAAUCUCCUUUUCUUUCCGUCCAAAGAUUAAUCCUGCUUUUAUAUUCUAAUCUACUGAAAGAUCUCGAAAUGCCUUACAUAUUGUUUACCUGUCUAGUUCACUCCCGAACUUUCCACAAAAUACUAUUAUUACAUAUUAUUAUUAAUUAUUUUUAAUUGGAAGUGAUAGUAAACAAAGGCCAAGAUCAAAGGUUGUAAGCCAAGCCCAAUACGAACGCAGCCUAAUUUGGGUUCAGACAGAGUUCACGGCACGGAGAAAGUGACGUAAAUACGUCUUCUACAUAACAAAGAACUUCAACUUAUCUUUAAAAAUUUAAUCCGUUGUAUAAUUGUGUAUGGAUUAUACAUUGUACCUAAUUAUCAUCAGACUUAAAUAGCAUUAUAAAAUCUGUUUUUAUACAUUUUCAGAUAUUUAUGCUGGUGGUGAGCUAUGCUUCAGGAUUUUUAUACGUGCUUCGACUGCUGGCGUACAUGGAUGCAAUGAACACCUUUAAUAUAUUCGGCCACGGGCGCUACAUCGACUUUCAAACGGUGUUUUACAGAAAUUUUGAUUUCAGCAUCUGCAUGGGAUUCUUAGGAGCUCUUUCUAUAUUCAAAAUGCUCAAGGUUGUGACGUAAGUCUUCAGAGUUCAAAUAUAUAUGAUUAUAUUCGAUUAUUUUAAUCUUCAACAACAACAAACAAACAAAAAGAGGAUUGAAUAGAACAUAAAUGUUCAAAAUCUGCUGUUGACCCUUUUUCUCUUUUUCCUUUUUGUCCCUUCCACACAGGUUCAACCCUUUCCUUAUGAUCUUCAUCAAGACAUUCGAGAUAGCCAAGAAGAGUUUCUUUGGGUUCUUACUGAUGUCCGCCAUUCUAAUCCUUGGCUUGACCUUCAGUGGACUGGUCAUCUUCGGACAACAUCUAUAUGGCUUUAUGUCACUCGAUCGAAGCUUUUUGAGCCUGAUUUUUUUCAUCCUCGGAGAACCAUUUUUCGACAGCAUAGUGGACGUGCACGGAGUCCUGGCGCGUGUCUUCUUCUUCGUCACUUUUCUAAUUACACAGUACUUUAUUUUAAAUUUCUUUGUGUCCAUUUUAAGUGAAGGUCUAAGUCUUGCAAUGUGUUUAGAGUACAGACAAGAAAAGGCAACAAUUAGGUAUCUGAUGGAUACAUUUCUUUUGUUUAUUGGGAUCAUUCCAAAAAGAGGAGGAAAUAAUUAUUGAUACAUGAAA